GUCGAGUCUAGGCAUCGUCGGCAUCUCCGCAGUGACACCUAAGUGGCGACUUCGAGCGGAGAAGACUCAUUGGGAGACCGGAAAUGUUAUGACGUCUUGUUCUAGCUCUAUGGGGGGAAUGAGAGACGACCUGCUGGUGACGUCAACGGAGCGCGCCGGAGCCGUCCGUGACUUUAUUAGCGAGCGACGGCUCCCUGGGAUUGUGGGUGCAGCUGGGCACCAUGAGUGGGGAGGACGAACUGAAUCUGCUGGUCAUUAUAGUGGACACCAACCCCAUCUGGUGGGGAAAGCAGGCGAUAGCGGGAUCUGAGUUUACGUUGUCAAAAUGCCUCGACGCCGUCAUGGUUUUGGGCAACUGCCACUUAUUUAUGAACCGUAACAACAAGCUUGCUGUGAUAGCCAGUCACAUACAAGAAAGUCGCUUCUUGUUCCCGGGAAAACGCUGGGCAGCUGCCGAUCUCUUUGGGGAGGCUGCAGGGAACACUCUGGAAUCCAACAUUUCCGGCAGCAAAGACGGGAAGUAUGAGUUGUUGACCACCAUCAAUGAAACCAUUGCGGUGGAGAUAAAGGACCUCAUAACCACAACUGAACUUAAAGGCCAGCAAACAGAGACGUUACUUGCGGGGUCCCUUGCCAAAGCACUCUGCUAUAUUCACAGAAUAACUAAAGAGGGAAAAGCCAGCCAAGAAAUUAAGUCAAGGAUUUUGGUCAUAAAAGCCGCAGAGGACAGCGCCUUCCAGUACAUGAACUUCAUGAACGUCAUCUUCGCGGCCCAGAAGCAGAGCAUUUUGAUUGACGCCUGCGUUUUGGACUCCGAUUCAGGGCUCUUGCAGCAGGCUUGCGAUAUUACUGGCGGGAUUUACUUGAAGGUGCCUCACGUGCCAUCUCUUCUGCAGUAUUUGCUGUGGGUGUACCUGCCUGACCAAGAGCAACGAUCCCAGCUGAUCCUGCCGCCCUCCGUCCACGUGGACUACCGGGCUGCCUGCUUCUGCCACAGGAACCUCAUCGAAAUCGGCUACGUCUGCUCCGUGUGCCUCUCGAUCUUCUGCAGCUUCAGCCCCAUUUGCACCACCUGCGAGACUGCCUUCAAGAUUUCACUGCCGGCUGUCAUGAAGUCGAAGAAAAAGAAGUUGAAAUUAGCCAUUUGAUGGACGGAUCAUUGCCACGGAGGGCCGUCUGCCAUGGGGCAUUUUGCCGUGGCAAAGCUACGAGUGGUGUUUGCGGGAUUCUGAAAAAAAGAGCAGACCCUGAGUUAAAAUAGACCUACAGAGAGCUCAAGCUUUCGGGAGACUCGUGUAAGUUGGGUGCAGUUCAUCUGCUCGACGCCCGGUGGGUUGAAUCCUGCUGGGCCGUGCCAUUAAUGGCAGCACACAGAGGCCUUCUGCUAAGGGGUUGGAUCCUUGCAUGUCUGUACAGUUAACAGCGGGCCCCCCCCCCCUGCCCCCAGCACAUGGAGUGUUGCAGGUACCUCUUACAACAAGACUCUUUGCGUUGGGGGAGACACCGCUGUUGGGGGAACAGACCGGUGGGGUCCUACCCAGGUGCUAGUCAUAACUUGAGUCGUAAAAUCAUAGGGUUGAAUCUUAUAGCUGUUCUGCUGAUGGGAGGAGAGACCGUCUUAUCUGACUCUUUUCCUCGCUGAAGCCUCUUGGCCGGUGAUUUUUCAAGCCCUUAGCAGUGAUUUCCUUUCCUUUCCUCAGCAGGGCUGCUGAGGAAAGGAAAGGAAAGGUGGGGAAAGGUCCACUUCUGCUAGCAGGACAACUGCAGGAUCCAGCCCGAAUCUGCAGCUAGUUGAAAUGAGAAGACACAUAUGAAGCCAGGGGCACAGGCCGGUGCUCCUCUGACAUCGCAUCCUUGGACUGACGGUUUAAAUGAUUACAUCCUCAUUCCCUCCCCUCCCAAGCCCUCUCCCCCUCCCCGUUUAUUUAAGCAGAACUCUUAAUAUUUUCCAGAGUUCAGGCUCUUGAGCUGGUCCUGCUGAGCUCCUACGUGAAUUAAGAGAACCAUGGAGUUUUCAAAACUGGGCAACUGUGAGCUCAUCCAGUAUGGCUAGCAAUCCCAUCUUUCCAUUUCACUCUCAAUAGCAAUAACUAUAUUUUGUUUGGGUGUGUUUUCUACUCUCCUAAACAAGUAGUCCAGUCAUCCAGGUCUUUCGUUCACCCAAACCAGUAAGCUGAACCAAUCCUAGGUUAAUAUCCUGAGACCAUCAGAAUCCACUGUGGUGUAAAACACCCUAAUAAUGAUGAUAGCUUAUGCCACAAAAAGCCUUCCAUGGGUCUCCCUUCCCGGACGCAUUGGAAGAUUUCUCUGCUUUCUAGCUGGUUCUGGAAAGGGCUCUGGAGUGCACUGGUUUUUAAGAUUGCGUUUUGAAAAUUGGAAACAGUUCGGUCUUCCCCUGACAUUUCAUACUGUAUAGCUAACCCUGUCUCCUGUCUGGCUGAUUAUAAGGAAGGAUCAGCCUGGAUCUUGUGUGUACCUCCAAAAAGGAAAAUGUGAGUUUCUUCAAACACUGACUUGUCUUCAACAGCGCCAAAGCGCUUGUCCUGUCUUCCCUGGAAAGACCGCCUCAGUCUGUUCUGCUUCCCGACUCUGAAUCCAAAGGGAUUCUGUUUGGUGGCCCCGUGGAACUGUUGCUUCCUAGAGACUAUAUAUUAUUAACCGGAUACAAUCUGUUUUCUUUAAGUCGUUAGUACUCUACCAACUCCUUCACUGUUUUCUAGCUAAAUCCCAUUUUGUUUCAGCACCAUUUUGUAACUUAAUAAACUGUUACUAAGAAAA